AUGGAAACAUUUAUAUUUUUGUGGACAUGUAUUUUUCUACCCCUAGUAAGAGGGCACAGUCUUUUCACCUGUGAACCAAUUACUGUUCCCAGAUGUAUGAAAAUGGCCUACAACAUGACGUUUUUCCCUAAUUUGAUGGGUCAUUAUGACCAGAGUAUUGCUGCUGUGGAAAUGGAGCUUUUUCUUCCUCUUGCAAAUCUGGAAUGUUCACCAAAUGUUGAAACUUUCCUUUGCAAAGCUUUUGUACCAACCUGCACUGAGCAAAUUCAUGUGGUUCCACCCUGUCGGAAAUUUUGUGAGAAAGUGUAUUCUGAUUGCAAGAAAUUAAUGGACACUUUUGAUAUCCGAUGGCCUGAGGAACUUGAAUGUGAUAGAUUACAGUACUGUGAUGAGUCUGUUCCUGCAACUUUUAACCCACACACAGAGCUUCUUGGUCCUCACAAGAAAUCAGAACAAAUCCGAAGAGACAUUGGAUUUUGGUGUCCAAGGCAUCUUAAGACUUCUGGGGGACAAGGCUAUAAGUUUCUGGGAAUUGACCAAUGUGCACCUCCAUGCCCCAACAUGUAUUUUAAAAGUGAUGAGCUAGAGUUUGCAAAAAGUUUUAUUGGAAUAGUUUCAAUAUUUUGUCUCUGUGCAACCCUUUUCACAUUCCUUACUUUUUUAAUUGAUGUUAGAAGAUUCAGAUACCCAGAGCGACCUAUUAUAUAUUACUCUGUCUGUUACAGCAUUGUAUCUCUCAUGUACUUUAUCGGAUUCUUGCUCGGCAAUAGCACGGCGUGCAAUAAGGCAGAUGAGAAACUGGAACUUGGCGACACAGUUGUUCUAGGCUCUCAAAAUAAGGCUUGCACCAUUUUGUUCAUGUUUUUGUAUUUUUUCACCAUGGCUGGCACUGUGUGGUGGGUGAUGCUUACCAUUACUUGGUUCUUAGCUGCUGGCAGAAAAUGGAGUUGUGAGGCCAUUGAACAAAAAGGAGUGUGGUUUCAUGCUGUUGCGUGGGGAAUACCAGGUUUUCUCACCAUUAUGCUUCUUGCCAUGAACAAAGUUGAAGGAGACAACAUUAGUGGGGUCUGCUUCGUGGGCCUUUAUGACCUGGAUGCUUCUCGCUACUUCGUCCUCUUGCCACUGUGCCUUUGCGUGUUUGUCGGGCUGUCUCUUCUCUUAGCUGGCAUUAUUUCCUUAAAUCACGUUCGACAGGUUAUACAGCAUGAUGGCCGGAACCAAGAGAAACUGAAGAAGUUUAUGAUUCGAAUUGGAGUCUUCAGUGGCCUGUAUCUUGUGCCAUUAGUAACUCUUCUGGGGUGCUACGUCUACGAGCAAGUAAACAGGAUUACCUGGGAGAUAACUUGGGUCUCUGACCACUGUCGUCAGUACCAUAUCCCAUGUCCUUAUCAGGUAAAUACAGAAACUCGACCAGAACUGGCCUUAUUUAUGAUAAAAUAUCUGAUGACAUUAAUUGUUGGCAUCUCUGCUGUCUUCUGGGUUGGAAGCAAAAAGACAUGCACAGAAUGGGCUGGAUUUUUUAAACGAAAUCGCAAGAAAGAUCCAAUCAGUGAAAGUCGAAGAGUGUUACAGGAGUCAUGUGAGUUUUUCUUAAAGCACAAUUCUAAAGUUAAACACAAAAAGAAGCACUACAAGCCAAGUUCACAUAAACUGAAGGUCAUUUCCAAGUCCAUGGGGACCAGCAGAGGAGUGACGGCCAAUCAUGGUACUUCUGCAGUAGCAAUCACUAGCCACGAUUACUUAGGACAAGAAGCUCUGACCGAAGUACAGACUUCACCAGAAACGUCAGUGAGAGAGGUGGGAGCGGAUGGAGCGAGCACCCCCAAGUUAAGAGACCGGGACUGUGAGGGGCCUGCCUCCCCAGCAGCACCCAGCUCCAGACUCUGCGGGGAACAGACGGACAGGAAAGGCCAAGGCCGGGCAGGCAACGUGAAUGACCAGAGCAGUGUGUCUGAAAGUGCGCGGAGUGAAGGAAGGGUGACCCCGAAGAGUGAUGUCCCCGAAGCUGGCCCAGUACAGAGCAACAGUAUGCAGGCGUCCAGUUCUCCAGAGCCAAGCAGCCUCAAAGGCUCAACAUCACUGCUUGUUCACUCGGCUUCAGGAGCUGGAAAAGAGCAGGGCGCCGGCGAUCAUUCAGAUACUUGA